UGACAGAAACAGCGAUCAUUCUCUGGUAGUAAUCAACUAAUUGUUUACAUCUGUGAAAGUAAUAAAAACUCAAACUCAAAUUUAUGAACAUAGACGGAGCGACUUAAUUAAAGAAGAAAUGUGCAUGUAAUCUCAAUUAUUGAACGAACCCGAAAAUGCUGCUUGACGAAAAGGGUCAGAAGUAUAAAUUGCUUGCCGAAAAAAUUUAUCAGCGUUGUCACGAAUUGCAGACGGAAAACGAGCGCUGUGUGCUGCGAAUAAAUACGGUUAAGAAACUGUUGCGACGACGCACCCGCGAUGUUGAGCUUUUAAAGCGACGACUUGAUAAACACAAUGACGUAUGGCGACAGUUACCGAUGGUGGCACCACAUCCGAAACGAAAAAUUGAACAAAAACGUGGCCCUAAACCCAAACCAAAAAAUAUCACAGAAGAGUCCGGGGACGGCAAAAUGAAGAAGGUACGCAAACAACGAAUGAAAAAGAAUUUACCACCACAGCCGAGUUCUGCUGAAAUAACGAUGCAACAGCUGUCUCAACAACAUUUCAGUGAGCAGGAGCACCAAUUAUUGAUGCAACAACAAUUUGUGCAGUACAAACAGGAUAUAUGAAUAGAGAUUCUAAAUAUUUAGUUGAUUGAAUUGACGACUA